UUUCACCUAUUAGGGCAGUAAUGGCCUCAACUGAGGGAAACGCUCAGACAUACAAGCUGACGUCCUUGGACAACGAUAUCAACCAACACUUCCAGGAUGCAAUCGAUGUGAUUCAGCAGCAUUCAAAUAACUCAUAUUAUGAUUCAGAGUAUACACAUUAUGAAACUCUGGGCACUCAGCACCCAUCUCUGCAGUGUCAAAUCUCCUGCUGCCUCGUCACACACCCAUCUGACGUACCAGCUCCUGCAUAUGACUGGAAUGACACAGCUCAGCAGUCCUGGCCUCAGGUCAUGCCUGACGUCUCAUUGGGUCACUCUGUACCAGCCGAAUCCCCUCAAUUCUACUCCAUCUUACCACCACAGAGGAACAGCAAAGGUCGUAAAAAGCUCAGACUUUAUGAAUACCUCCAUGAGGCUCUGAAUGACCCCAACAUGGGUGACUCAAUCCAGUGGACGGACAGUGGCAGCGGCACCUUCCACUUCAUCUCCAAGAACAAGGAGAAGUUGGCUGAGUGCUGGGGCCAGCGCAAGGGCAACCGCAAGACCAUGACUUAUCAGAAGAUGGCAAGAGCUCUGAGAAACUACAGCCGCACCGGUGAGAUUAUCAAAGUGCGCCGCAAACUCACCUACCAGUUCAACCCAGACAUCCUGCACAGGCUCGGCUCUGCGCAGGUGUCCCUGCACCUGCCCUGCCACCCUGCACAUGAGGAGGUCCACACCCAGCAGCCAAACCCGGCUGAGCAGAGCUACUUCAGCUCUGCAGCGAUGGACUGGCACAGCUGGUAUGGACACUACCAGAUGCAGGAGGACUAUGAUCUGGCCUCCAGCUUCACCUCGCACAGCACAACCAAACUCUGAGCCGGAGGACAGUUUGUUCAUUGGGACGAAAUCCUUUAAAGUAUGAAAAGGUUUUCACAGACUUGGGUUCAGAUUCAGUCCCUGCAUGUUAUUAUGUGUUACCAUGGGACUAAUAAUAUCAUGAAGUGUUUACAUCACUUCAGUCAAAAGUGUUUAAAUACCCUCUUUUUAUACAGAAUUUUUUUGUUCCCUAUAGAGGAGCAUUAGUGUAAAUUAAUUUGUAAAUACGUAAUAUAUGAGUGAGGAAAUUCUAUUACUGAAUAUUUCUUUUAUUUUUUCUUUUCUUUUUCUCUUUUUUGUGAACAAUCACAUGUAAAUAAAAAUUCACUGUAACUAAAAAGAUUAUUUUGAUGUUGAUCUCUUUAAUUACGCAUCGUUUUUGCAGCAGCUGAUGUCAGUGUUCACGUUUCAAAUUAUUGUAGGUUUAACAGGUCAUCCUUUCCAGUCUCUGUAGACUCUAUAGUUUUUAUAAGGCUGUGGCAGAGGUCCAUUAUAUUUAAUGUAAGUUACCUAUGGCUCCUGUUGUUACAGCAACAACCAGUAAUAAGCAUUCGGUGUAAUUACAUGGAACUCUUGAUUAUUUACUUGAUAAAAGUAUUAAGCAAAUUGUAUGUUUGUAUACUUAUUAUAUUUAUUGUCUAUUCAUAUAAUAAUUCUUUUUUAAUCGUUUUCAUAAUUUGUUGGAAUCGUUUAAUUUGACCAAUAAAUCAAUCUGUGCC